CAGCUAGAACAGAAAGUUCUUCUGUCAGUUCUCCAGUAGAAGAAGACUUUUCAGGAGACCAAACUACUGAUAUGUUCACACCAGUCUCUACAGUUACAGAAUUAUCUUCAUCUGUUCACAUUACCGAGACAACACAAUCUCCUGAAACAAUGGGAGUCCAAAUAAUCACAGAUGCUGAAGGUUCUGGAGAAGGCUCUGCAGAUUUUACCAGCAAGUCAUUAGUGACCGUUGCUACUGCAUCCCCAGCGUUGUUCAAAGAGUCUCCAUCAGUCACAACAUCAGACACAUCUUUGAAAAGUGACACUUUAAAACCAACUGUCUUCUCAGCUUCAUCAGUUCAUGGUGUAGUGAAAUUAACAUCUGUGUCUCCUGAAAAAGAACAUGUUGUUACCACAAGUCAGUUUGAGGGAGAUUCAGAAACACCAGAACAACGUAGCUCCUCAGCACUUCCAUCUCUUUCUCAUGGAACCGAAGAAUUUACUGCUUCACCAGAAGAUAGAACAAGUUCUUCUGCCCAAACACCAAUCAUUCAUAUCCAGACAACUUCUUUGGAAGAUGAAAUGUCAGUUGAAUACAGUUCUAUCCCACCAUCAUCUCACUCACUUUUCACCACAGAGCAACCUAAAACAGAUGAAACACUCAUGUCUCUUUUAACAGAAGAGCAGUCCAUUUCUCCGGUCUCUGAGGGUAAACCCAUGACCCCGUUAACAGGUUCAGCAAUUACUCCAUCAGUCUCAUCAUCCGCUACUGUUUAUCAUCAGUAUGAAGAUUAUGAUACAAAGCCUACAAUGGUGGAGUCCAUUCCUUUAAUCAAUGGAACAAGUAUCCAACCUGACACAGCUACACUUCUCAUUGUCCCAGUUGCUGAAACGUCUGGACAAACACUUUCUGAUGUCACUGACCAGUCAAUUAAGACAACAGCAGUUUUUUCAACAAUAAGUACAAAGUCACCUUCAGCCUCAGCAUCAUACACAUCUGAAACAAGGGAUGUUUCAACAACUACUGUUACCCCAGAUGCAUUACUCCACAGCACAGUGAAACCAACAGUGAUAUCUCCUGAAACAAAACAGGCGUUUACCACAACCCAAUUUAAAGACGAGUCUGCAACAUCAUUGGAAACUUCAACUUUUGCCAUUACAGAUAAAGGGAGCACAAAUCAAUAUACCAGUGAAUACCCCAGUGAAAUGUCUAGCAAACACCUGGUAUCUCCAACGGGUUCCUCGUUAAUCAGUCCAGAGACAACAACAGCAGAGGAAGUUGAUAAAUAUUCCACAGAAAAGAAAACCAUCCCUUCAAUUUCAUCUAUUACUGAAAAGGAAGAGACAUUUUCUCUCACUACUGCAAAAGAUGAGGACGGUUCUGGAUCCACAAUUACAGACCCGUUCAAGUCAUUUAUUACCGUUAUUGGUUCAUCUUCAACUCUGUACAGCAUUGACACAACAACAGACACAACAACAUCCCCUGAAGCAGCAUCAACCUUUGUGUUCACAGCUGAAGAUAUUUCUGGUGAAAACAUCACUAAAUCUACUGACACACCUGUCACUAAAGGUACGGCUAGCUCUUCAGCCUUUAAUAUUCUUUCUUCAUCAGUCUCAGCAUCAAGAAAAGCUGAAACAACCGAUACUUCAAAAACAAUUGAUACUUCAGCUUCAGAACUCCACAUCCCAGAGGAACCAAUAUCGGUGUCCCCUGAAACACCUCAGACUUUCUCUACUGCUACGUCUGAGCGAAAGUCAGUCAUGCCAGAGGAAAGUUCAAGAACUCCAGUAACAAAUGAAGAGAGGACAAGUAAGCCCACAAUUGAAACAUCUAGCAUACACAUGGCAUCUCCUACAGGUUCUUCAUUGCUCAGCACAGAGAAGACAACAGCUCUGCUAGUUGAGGUUGAUUACAGUAUUCAAACAGUUCAAACAAUGACAUCUUCCCUUUCCACAGUCACAGCUAGAACAGAAAGUUCUUCUGUCAGUUCUCCAGUAGAAGAAGACUUUUCAGGAGACCAAACUACUGACAUGUUCACACCAGUCUCUACAGUUACAGAAUUAUCUUCAUCUGUUCACAUUACCGAGACAACACAAUCUCCUGAAACAAUGGCAGUCCAAAUAAUCACAGAUGCUGAAGGUUCUGGAGAAGGCUCUGCAGAUUUUACCAGCAAGUCAUUAGUGACCGUUGCUACUGCAUCCCCAGCGUUGUUCAAAGAGUCUCCAUCAGUCACAACAUCAGACACAUCUUUGAAAAGUGACACUUUAAAACCAACUGUCUUCUCAGCUUCAUCAGUUCAUGGUGUAGUGAAAUUAACAUCUGUGUCUCCUGAAAAAGAACAUGUUGUUACCACAAGUCAGUUUGAGGGAGAUUCAGAAACACCAGAACAACGUAGCUCCUCAGCACUUCCAUCUCUUUCUCAUGGAACCGAAGAAUUUACUGCUUCACCAGAAGAUAGAACAAGUUCUUCUGCCCAAACACCAAUCAUUCAUAUCCAGACAACUUCUUUGGAAGAUGAAAUGUCAGUUGAAUACAGUUCUGUCCCACCAUCAUCUCACUCACUUUUCACCACAGAGCAACCUAAAACAGAUGAAACACUCAUGUCUCUUUUAACAGAAGAGCAGUCCAUUUCUCCGGUCUCUGAGGGUAAACCCAUGACCCCGUUAACAGGUUCAGCAAUUACUCCAUCAGUCUCAUCAUCCGCUACUGUUUAUCAUCAGUAUGAAGAUUAUGAUACAAAGCCUACAAUGGUGGAGUCCAUUCCUUUAAUCAAUGGAACAAGUAUCCAACCUGACACAGCUACACUUCUCAUUGUCCCAGUUGCUGAAACGUCUGGACAAACACUUUCUGAUGUCACUGACCAGUCAAUUAAGACAACAGCAGUUUUUUCAACAAUAAGUACAAAGUCACCUUCAGCCUCAGCAUCAUACACAUCUGAAACAAGGGAUGUUUCAACAACUACUGUUACCCCAGAUGCAUUACUCCACAGCACAGUGAAACCAACAGUGAUAUCUCCUGAAACAAAACAGGCGUUUACCACAACCCAAUUUAAAGACGAGUCUGCAACAUCAUUGGAAACUUCAACUUUUGCCAUUACAGAUAAAGGGAGCACAAAUCAAUAUACCAGUGAAUACCCCAGUGAAAUGUCUAGCAAACACCUGGUAUCUCCAACGGGUUCCUCGUUAAUCAGUCCAGAGACAACAACAGCAGAGGAAGUUGAUAAAUAUUCCACAGAAAAGAAAACCAUCCCUUCAAUUUCAUCUAUUACUGAAAAGGAAGAGACAUUUUCUCUCACUACUGCAAAAGAUGAGGACGGUUCUGGAUCCACAAUUACAGACCCGUUCAAGUCAUUUAUUACCGUUAUUGGUUCAUCUUCAACUCUGUACAGCAUUGACACAACAACAGACACAACAACAUCCCCUGAAGCAGCAUCAACCUUUGUGUUCACAGCUGAAGAUAUUUCUGGUGAAAACAUCACUAAAUCUACUGACACACCUGUCACUAAAGGUACGGCUAGCUCUUCAGCCUUUAAUAUUCUUUCUUCAUCAGUCUCAGCAUCAAGAAAAGCUGAAACAACCGAUACUUCAAAAACAAUUGGUACUUCAGCUUCAGAACUCCACAUCCCAGAGGAACCAACAUCGGUGUCCCCUGAAACACCUCAGACUUUCUCUACUGCUACGUCUGAGCGAAAGUCAGUCAUGCCAGAGGAAAGUUCAAGAACUCCAGUAACAAAUGAAGAGAGGACAAGUAAGCCCACAAUUGAAACAUCUAGCAUACACAUGGCAUCUCCUACAGGUUCUUCAUUGCUCAGCACAGAGAAGACAACAGCUCUGCUAGUUGAGGUUGAUUACAGUAUUCAAACAGUUCAAACAAUAACAUCUUCCCUUUCCACAGUCACAGCUAGAACAGAAAGUUCUUCUGUCAGUUCUCCAGUAGAAGAAGACUUUUCAGGAGACCAAACUACUGACAUGUUCACACCAGUCUCUACAGUUACAGAAUUAUCUUCAUCUGUUCACAUUACCGAGACAACACAAUCUCCUGAAACAAUGGCAGUCCAAAUAAUAACAGAUGCUGAAGGUUCUGGAGAAGGCUCUGCAGAUUUUACCAGCAAGUCAUUAGUGACCGUUGCUACUGCAUCCCCAGCGUUGUUCAAAGAGUCUCCAUCAGUCACAACAUCAGACACAUCUUUGAAAAGUGACACUUUAAAACCAACUGUCUUCUCAGCUUCAUCAGUUCAUGGUGUAGUGAAAUUAACAUCUGUGUCUCCUGAAAAAGAAAUGUCUCCAUCAUUUACAGUGUCACAACCACCAGAAACAAGUAAUAGUUCGAAAACUGCUGCCACACCAGCUUCAUCAUUUUCCAGUACAAAGAAGCCAACAUUGGGGUCUCCUGAAACAAAAGAGAUUGUCACCACCUCCCAGUCCCAUCAAGAGUCAGCAACUGUAAAAGGAAGUUCAGCUUCUUCAGUAACAGAUCAGGAGAGCACAAGUAAAUUUACAGAAUUUUAUGUCGGUCCCUCACUUUUCACAGUCUUAACACAGACAGAAGAAAAAACAGAGUACAGCAGCAGUACAGCUAACUCUUUACCUGUCCUCAGUAAAACAACUGUCAGUCCCCCUAGCACAGUUGUCAACCCAAUCUUGGGAUCAAACCUUUAUGGUGGGGAUGGUUCAGUUCCUAUUGCCUCUUCUUCUGUUAUCACAUCAAGCACAACAGCUGGAGUGUCCUCAGUGAGCAGCACAGUCAGACCAGUACUGUCCACAGGCUCGUCUCAGAAUACAUCAAAUAUUGUAAAUUCUCAAAUUUCCAUAUCAGCAUCUCUCUUUAGUACUGAGAAAUUAACCCCAAUCCCCAUUUCUGCUUCUCACCAGAGCAAUAUUACAUCAGCUACAAAAGAUGAGAGCCACAAAGGUGUGACUCAGACAAAAUAUCAGUCCGAUAAAAAUGUUUUAUUCCAGUCAUCCUUUGAGGUCAUGACACAAUUAUCCACCGAUGCUACUUCUUUUUCUUCCACCAAUAAAAUGGGGAUAUCCUCAGACCCUGAGUUAGAAAAUGAUGAUUCAACUGAGGUAGAGAACUCGGGCGAUGAAGCAUCUGGGUAUACAGAUGAUGUACCUCUGGAAAUGCAAACAGUGGCACAGCGACCCAUUGUAGAAUUAUCUGUCCGAGCAACAAUUGCAACAAGCGUAUCCAAUGCAAAGUACACUGAGCUGACCACAAAAUCUCAAAAUGACUAUUUUACUGUGACAGAUGAAGCUGAAACAGAUGAGAGUGAGAGUGGAUUAUUGACAAGCCAUUCUGGUACACAACCUUGUAAAGAAUUGUUGUCCUCAGCUCAAGCUCCACUUACGACAAACAGAGAGACUUACUUUGCUGAGCCUGGCAGUGAAGGUGAUUCUUCCAUUGAGGAAGACUGUUCAGAUGCUAACCCCAGCGAGUCAACAUUUGGACAAGUUUCAAGUUCUUUUAUGAAACCCAAAACAACUUUGGAUGUAAAACAUCUCCAGAACACUGAGGCUGAUGCUACUGAUUCUGUCACGUUUACCACCCUCCCCUCAACAUUAUUUUUGGAAUUGGUGACAGCUUCCACUACUGUGGCUGAGAAGCCAGCUGAGUUGUUUUUCAGCAGUACUGUUCGCUCAGUUUCCUCAGUGUCAAUGUUUAAGGAAAAAGAUAGUUCAGGUCAUGGUCCAGCAACUCUUAAAAGCACAUCUACAGGUACUAAAAAAACUAAUGGAUCUUCCAUUUUUGGCACAGAGAAACUCAGAACAGCAAUGGCCAUGCAAACUUGGGGACUGUCUGAUGACUCUAAAUCUCCUGAGUCUGAAGUUAGGGGUGACACAACAAUUACAAUGACACAACAGGUGGACUUAGGAGAAGAACAAGAAGGCUCAGGAACUUUCAGUGCUCCUGUUUUUACUUCUUCACCAGUAACUGCAGAUCCAGUUACAUCCAUUGAUUCCUCCUUUGUCUCAAGAUUUUCAAAGUAUUCCCUGCCCACUUCAACAUUAUCCCCCAUAGGAGGUGUUUCUACAUUCAGUAAAGGAAUUGAAAACUUUUUGUCACCAUCAUCAACUCCAGCUACUACUGAGUCCAGACAUUCAAACUCUAAAGAAACCCUCAGUGUACAUACAGCCCAAACUACUUUCUCUGCUACAACUAAAAAAAAUAAAUUAGUUCCUUCUUCGUCCAUAUCCAAAAUACCUGGUAUGACUGAUAAAAUCUCAUGGCCAUCUACUAGACAACCCCAUGAUGAUAAUAAAUCUUCAGCUACUGAAGUUUCAGGUACACAUGUUUCCUUUGACACUACUCCCAUUUUAUCUCCAGCGUCAUCUGACUAUUUAAUUCAAUUUCACACAACUAUGUCCCCUGUACCAACUUCUCAAAAUUCAUUUGAACAAGUGAGGUCAGAGAUCACAAAGCCAAACAGCCUCCAACCAGACCCUUCGGCUGAAGAUUUAUCACACUCCACAACUUACCCUAUGUCUGCAAGUCAUAAAGCAGGUCAGGUUGCAGAAUCAACCUCGUUUCAACAUAGUAGUUAUUAUGUGACUCGAGCUGCUUCUGGUUUUGAAAGUAAUGUGACAGUUGUGCCAAAACUAUCUCAUGACGCACAACCAUCAUCUCCACGUGGUAGCUUUCACACUGAAAAUGAUUAUCCACCCCCAGACUAUGGUGCAGGAGAUCAGAAUUUUGUUCAAUCAGUUCCUCAGUACAACGAUACAGCAACAUCAAAAAUGACGAGUACAGCUGGUAUUUCAACUACCACGAGUAUCCAUGGAGCAUUAACAACAACAUCAACAAGACAAACACAAAAUGAGCUAGAGUUAGUUAGAUCUUUAGCCACCCAACCAUCAUCCUUUUUUGAGGAAAAAGAACAACAAUACAAUGAAAUAUCAACAUCCCCGUCCCUUAAUGGAAGAGAAACAUCAAUAGAAGAAGAAGAAACAACCACCUCUGCCCCAAUAAGACUUGAUUUGGGCCACACAGUUGUCGGCGAGACUGUAGAAAUUCCAGAAAUGUAUUCAUGUCAAGAAAACAUUUGUCUGAAUGGAGGAUCUUGCUUCAAGAGUGGCAGCAUCUAUUCAUGUAGCUGUUCUCCUGGGUUCACUGGUCAUCAGUGUGAAACAGAUAUUGAUGAGUGCCAAUCAAACCCGUGCAGUAAUGGAGGCACAUGUGUUGAUGGGCUGGCCUCCUUCACAUGUGUGUGUCUGCCAAGCUAUUCUGGGCUUUACUGUGAGGAAGACACUGAAACAUGUGACUAUGGUUGGCACAAGUUUCAGGGCCAUUGCUACAAAUUCUUCCCUCAGAGGAAGGGCUGGGAUGCCGCAGAGCGAGAGUGCCGCAUGCAGGGAGCUCAUCUUACCAGCAUCCUGUCCCACGAAGAGCAACAAUUUGUCAACCGUCUUGGACAGGACUACCAGUGGGUUGGCCUGAAUGAUAAGAUGUUUGACAACGACUUCCGCUGGACCGAUGGCAGCCCUGUGCAAUAUGAAAACUGGAGGCCCAACCAGCCUGACAACUUCUUCUCAUCUGGAGAAGACUGUGUAGUGAUGAUUUGGCACGAGGACGGCCAGUGGAAUGACGUCCCUUGCAACUAUCAUCUAACUUUCACAUGCAAAAAAGGCACAGUGGCCUGUAGCCAGCCCCCUGUGAUUGAAAAUGCACGUACCUUUGGUAGAAAGCGUGAGAGGUAUGAAAUCAACACGUUGGUGAGGUACCAGUGUCGAACAGGCUUCAUUCAGAGACAUAUUCCAACCAUCCGCUGUCGUGGCGAUGGGCGAUGGGAUACACCUAAAAUGACUUGCGUAAGCCCAUCGAGCUAUCAGAGGUCCUUCAUAAGGAGACAUCAACCCCAUACUCUGUACAGCAUCAAUAAUUUUAAAAAAUGGCAGGAUGAGACCUCGGGCCAUCGCCAACGCUACAUGGUUAUGAGAGACAGAAUUGUACAUAAGAGGAGAACGCAAUGAUUUCUGAGCGAAAUCAAGAACACUCGCUUGAUGAUUGUAAGACAAGAGGACCAGAAUAAAAGCACAUUUAAAAAAGCACAUAAAGGAAACCAAGAGAAUAGCCUGCACAUUGUUCGCAUUUUGGAUGACGACGAAAUCUUAUGAAGUGUCUUCUAAACAUUUUUACAUGACGUUUCAUUUCGACACCGCUACACUCACAGCGAGAACAAACUCUUUCAGCUGGCUUCUGGAAAUGCAAUGUUAUUAUUAAAUGAAACAUUCAUUAUUGCUGUCACAUUUGUACACCAACUGUGCUAUUUAAAGUCAGUACAAGUGUUCCAUAUAUACAGAAAGAACAUUGAAUAAUACAGUGUAUUAUUAAUUUUGUUGUCCUAUGUAAUGCUGGAAUGCAUGGAUCUAUGAACAUAAAUAUAUAUUCUUACACUUUUGAGCAAAUGCAUUACAUGACAUCAGGUCUAACUCUUCUCAGAAUGCAAAUAGGGCUAAAUAUGAGAACAAUGCAUUAGUAUUUUUUUUAUUUUUUAUUAAUGUCUAAAAUCUCUUCAAUCUUUACCAACAGAGAGUAAAAAGGCUUGAAAACAUUGUUUGAAAGCUUUUUCACAGCCAAUAACAGUACGUAGCCCAGUUCUCAGCAGGAAACAUCUUUGUGGUGGUAGCUUUCAGAGGUCCAAUCUUCCAGCUUUCCCUGUUUCUGCUUAUAUAACAAGCAAUAUUUGUUAGAUACUUUUCGAGUCAUGUAUGCAUGCAACAGUUUUGAAAGAUUCCUCUCUGAGUACUUAUUGACAAAACCUUUAAACACAGACAGAAACGGAUGUCCUUCUGUUUCAAAAUGUGUACCUCAAGCAGCCUGAAUUAAUUCCAGCUCACAAUCCUUUGGUACAGCAUUUUUACAUUUAUACUGUGCUGUUAAGAGUAACACAUGAGAGUCUUGUUUUGUAUUUUAGCCUAGCAUGUGUUUUUCUUUCAUGGGUCCUUUGACUUUUUUUUUUACUGCGCUUCACUGCUUUCGCUACACAACAAAGACAAAUUGAGAGAAUGUAUUUUUGUGAAACACUCAGAGACUUGAACACUAAAGCUGUUAUGGUGGAAGAGAUGCAAAUAAUUUAUUUUCAAGCUGCUUUUUAUCUCCUCAUGUAUUUUAUACUGACAAGUAACGUGUUGAUGUCACUGGUCCUAGCAGGGCUCUUCAUAUGUGUGUUUGUAUGUUCAACAAAAGACAAGACAUGCUCAACAUGUCAAAACCUGAUGCAAUAAAGACAGAAACGUACUCAUCUUGCGCAAUAUAAUCAGUUUAUAUGUCCUUUAACAUCCUUUAAUACCACAGUGGACCAAAGGAUAUGGAGGACAACAUAAGCAAUAAUUGUGUUCUGUGAUAUUGACAAAAUAAAUUUGUACAUGUGAAUAUAUGUCUGCAACAUAUCUGUUAGAGCAAUGUUGCUUUAUUUGGUCUGGCUGUGAAUGUUUAAGUACGUUUUGCUCUGUUGUGCACAUAAUACUAUUUUAUAUUUAUAUAGCAUUUUGUUAAAUUUGCUCUACUUCACAAUGUGAAUGUAUGGGGUGUUUGUGUUUUAUUUUUUAUUUUUAAGAGAUUAAACUGUUUUUCUUGCUUUAAUUCAGCAAAGAUCCAAAUAAAUAUAUGAAUGUUUGAUAUUUAGUUAUGCUCUUUCUAUGUUGUUUCAGCAUUAAUGGAAUUAGCUGUUUUAAAUUUGUUUACUGCAUUCUUAAAAUAUUGAUUGGACAGACACUGAGGGAUUUCACCAUCAGGUGGUGCUGCUUGACUUUAAUCCAUGUGCUUCUUCCCUGCGUGCAUAACACAGUAUGGUAAACAUGCUAUUAAGAUUUUAACUUUAUGUGAAUUCAAGAAAAAUAAAAUCAAUGGUGUUUUUAACAGCAA